AUGGGACAUGCCAGGUUGUUUAAUGAUUAUUUUUCCGAUAAUCCUGUGUACAACACCAACCAAUUUAGAAGAAGAUUUCGAAUGCAACGACCUUUGUUUUCACGUAUAAUGAACAAGGUCGUUGAAGGUGAUGUUUACUUCCAGCAGCGUAGGGAUGCAGCUGGAAGGUUAGGCUUAUCACCUCUGCAAAAAUGUACAGCCGCGAUAAGAAUGUUAGCCUACGACUUGGCUACAGACGUCGUGGAUGAAUAUGUUCGAAUCAGCAUGAUGAGCAGCAUUGAUUGCAUGCAUUGGGAAUGGAAGAACUUUCCAACGGCUUGGAAAGCGCAGUACGCCAAUAGAAACAAGAAAGCAACGCUAAUAUUGGAAGCCGUUACGGAUCAGGAUUUAUGGAUCUGGCAUUCCUUCUUUGGUAUUCCCGGAUCUUGUAAUGAUCUUAAUGUGUUGUACCGUUCACCAAUGUUCGAUGAGAUUCUGCAUGGUCGAGCUCCUCCGGUAAAUUUUACAGUUAACGACCAUGAAUACAACAUGGCUUAUUACUUAGCCGACGACAUUUAUCCGAAGUGGGCAACUUUUAUUCAGGGUAUCACACACCCUCAACUUCAGAAGGAUAAAAUGUUCGCUGACCACCAGGCUGCUCCUCGGAAGAACGUUGAAAGAACUUUCGGUGUUUUGCAAGCUCGAUUUGCAAUAAUACGAAAACCGUCACUGGCGUACGAUGAGGACAUACUGCGGGACAAAAUGAAAGCAUGUAUCAUUAUGCACAACAUGAUUGUUGAAGAUAAGCGCCACAACUACACUCGAGCCGAAGUUCUAAGAAGCUUCUACGAAGAAGAUCAAUAA